UGAAGCUGGCAACAGCAUCUGAGCCUGAUAUCUGUGAAAGUUCCAGUGAACAACAUGGCCAAGUACAGCAGAGCCCUCUCAGUCAUCCUGCUCGUCCUAUGUCUGGCAGCUCCAGCCUCAGCCCGCCGUAAACUGCUGCUGUUCCUGCUAGAUGGAUUACGGUUUGAUUAUAUCAGUGAUAAAGAACUCGAGGACCUUCCCGGAUUCAGAAAGAUUGUGGAAAGUGGUGUUAAAGUAGAUUACAUGACCCCCGACUUUCCAACUCUCUCUUAUCCGAACUACUACACACUGAUGACGGGCCGCCACUGUGAAGUACAUCAUAUGACUGGUAACUUUAUGUGGGAUCAAAAGACUAAUGUUUCCUUUGACAUUGGUGUGAAUGAAGAAAGUCGAUUACCACUUUGGUGGAAUGGAGCAGAACCUCUCUGGGUUACCAUGGAAAAAGCUGAAAGAAAGGUCUCUAUGUAUUAUUGGCCUGGUUGUGAAGUAAAAAUACUUGGAGUAAAACCAAACUACUGCCGUGAAUAUUACUAUUUUCCAUCAGAUGCUAAUUUCACUAUAGCAGUUAAUGAUGCACUUCAGUCUUUGAGCAACGGAAAUAGUGACAUGGCAGCCGUAUACUAUGAACGUAUUGAUGUAGAAGGUCAUCAUCAUGGCCCCUGGUCUGAAAAGAGGAAAGAUGCCACAAGAGCAGUGGAUCGAGUGCUGCUGAACUUGCACCAACAAAUUAAGGAUUUGGGUCUUCAGAAUGAUGUAAACGUGAUUCUUUUCUCAGAUCAUGGAAUGACGGAUAUCUUUUGGUUGGAUAAAAUAAUAGAGCUUAAUAAGUAUAUUGAUAUGAAAGAUCUUGUGCAGAUGAAGGACAGAGGACCAGUAGUCAGUCUAUGGCCUGCUGACGGGAAGCACUCCAAAGUAUAUGCUCAGCUAAGUACUUUACAGCACAUGAAUAUCUACGAGAAGGAACAAAUUCCAGACAGAUUUCUUUACAAAAAAGGAAAUUUUGUUGCACCUUUAACUCUAAUUGCUGAACAGGGAUGGUUCAUUGCUGAGGAUAAAUCAAAAUUACCCUUCUGGAAUAAUGGCACCGCUACAAACCAAGCAUGGCAGUAUGGGUGGCAUGGCUAUGACAAUGAACUUUUGGAUAUGAGAGCAUUUUUCCUGGCUUAUGGUCCAGAUUUUAAAGUGAAUUUCAGGUCGGCUCCUAUCAAAUCAGUUGAUGUUUACAACAUAAUGUGUAAUGUUUUAGGAAUUGAGCCACUUCCCAACAAUGGAUCCUGGCCUAGAGCACAGUUUAUGCUAAAGAAUGGAGCCAGUUUGCUAGAGCCUGGCCAGUUGGGGAAAAGCUUUCUACUAUUCCUCUUUUUAGUAUUCAUAGAGCUUGCCGUAUGGUAAGAACAGGACUUUGUAUUACAUUUAAUAAAAGAAAAGUAAAGUAGCCCAAUGGAUCAGGCUCAGACGGAAAUGUGUAAAAUGAGACACUAAUCAAGACAUUGUCUAAUGUAUCUGGGAGACAUCACAGAUGAUCCCCCAAAGCAAAGAAAUAUUACAGUUCAACAAAAAACAAUAAAUACAUUUUUGGUAUAUUGUAAUGUAUUUUCUUCCUUUUGUAUUUGAUGGACAAGAUGACCAUGUUUGUAUGAAAUAAACAUUGAUGAUAAAUAAA